AUGAACUUACUGCGCUAUCAAAUAAUUUUACUGGUGCAGUUUUUGUUAAUAUUAUAUGAUUUGUUUGCCAAUGCAUCCUCUGAAUUGUUUAGUCACGUUAAUGUUAAUCUUUCGGUUAUAUAUGUCGUUCAGGACCUAUGUAUACUUUUCUGUAGUUUGAUUUUUUGCCUACUUCUGUCUAGCACGUUCGUUUUUCAAGCGGGCUAUAUAAAUCUUCUCUUGUCACAAUUCAAAGAUGCUAUACUCGUUACAUUGUGCUAUCUGAUUUUGAGUAUUUCUUUGCAUUGCUGGGGAGCGAUAUCGAGAUGGAACGAUCCUGCUAAGAUGCCAUCUUCAGUCGGAUACCAAAUACUCUAUGCUUUUCAGAGGACAUGGUCAGUAUUAUACUACUUUUUAUACAAGAGAACAAUUUAUCGACUAGGAGAUUCUAGAUAUUAUGAAGACUGUGAAUGGAUAAAGAAACAAAUCGAAAAUAAUUCUUGA